AUGUCGCCCACUCCAUCUGCAGCCCUGGCUCCAGCGUCGUUCUCCCUUUAUGACCUCAACGCCGAUGCUGUAGUUCUUCGGGGCCUGAGCUUGGUGAACGAUGCUCCCAGAGAGGCCCUGGCCCAGACCCUGCAUGCUUCUGACCAGGGCAGCGGAGAGCAAGCUCAGAAAGAAAACUCACUCCUGGAGUCUUCAGAUAGUUCAGAGAAGUUAUAUUGUUCGACCUGUGACCAGACCUUUCAGAACCACCAAGAUCAGAGAGAACAUUAUAAACUUGACUGGCAUCGGUUUAACUUAAAGCAGCGCCUUAAGAACAAGCCCCACCUAUCUGCCCUGGACUUUGAAAAGCAGAGCUCUGCAGGAGAUCUCUCCAGCAUCUCAGGAUCAGAAGACUCGGACUCAGACAGUGAGGAAGACUCACAGAUAGUGGAUGAAGAGAGGCCUGAGUCUGAGAAGCCUAACCAGCGAGGCUUCCACUCCCAUAGGGUUCUUUUCCAAAAUGCCCAGGGCCAGUUUAUCUCUGUCUACCGCUGCAUCCUAGGCCCUCGGCAGGAACCCCCAGAAGAGCCAGAACGAUUGGUACAGAACCUACAAAGUGGAGGUCCCAAGUACUGCGUGGUGCUCAUGGCUACAGCUGGGCACUUUGCUGGUGCCAUCUUUCAAGGAAGAGAAGUGGUGGCACACAAAACCUUCCACCGCUACACCGUGCGGGCCAAGCGGGGCACAGCUCAGGGGCUUCGGGAUGCCCGAGGUGGGGCUUCUCGCUCUGCUGGAGCCAACCUGAGGCGCUAUAAUGAAGCCACACUGUAUAAGGAGGUUCGUGACCUGCUGGCAGGGCCAAGCUGGGCUGAGGCCCUAGGGGAGGCUGGGACCAUUCUGCUACAUUCUCCCCGCUCUGGCCGAUCCUUGUUCUUCGGAGGCCAUGGGGCACCCCUUCAACGGGGGGAUCCUCGACUUUGGAAUAUCCCCCUCAUCACCCGCAGACCCACAUUUCGAGAGCUACAGCGCGUGCUCCACAAGCUGACCACUUUGCAUGUACACGGAGAAGACCCUCGGGGGACAGUCCGUCUGGAUGCCCCUCAAAUCCACUCGAAGAUGGUGAGAAAGAAGGCUACUGAGGAAGAAAGAAGAAAGGUUCUCAGUGGAGGAAAUGAGACACUUGAGCAGAAUUCAGAAUCUCCCAAACAGGGUUCAGAGUCAGAAGGAGAGAACAAUUUACAAGUAGAGUUGGAACUAGUGGAGAUGACAUUGGGGACCCUGGAUCUUCUUGAGUUUGAAAUAUUGCCCAAGCGGAACAGGAAGAAAAAGAGGAAGAAGGAAAAAAGCUGGGCCCUGGAAGCUGAGGCACAGAGGACUCCCGCUGGGCAACCUGAGAGAGAAGAGGCUCUCAAAGAAUCCACCCAGUCAGAUACGGCACCCACAGGGCCUUCGCCGGACGAAGCCCAGACCUCUGGUCAGCCAGAGCUCUGGGGUGUGCUUCUAGCUGCUUGCCGAGCUGGAGAUGCUAGGACGCUGAAGCAUCAGCUAACUGCCAGCCCCACAGUCCCAGGGAUUCUGUCUCUGCUCAAUGCCCCCUUGGGCGCUGGUGGCUUUACACUCCUGCAUGCAGCAGCCGCAGCUGGGAGAGGUUCAGUAGUUCGCCUGCUGCUGGAGACAGGUGCCGACCCCACUGUACAGGACUUCCGGGCGCAGCCACCAUAUAGAGUUGCAGCUGACAAAUCAACACGUAAUGAAUUCCGAAGGUUCAUGGAGAAGAAUCCCGAUGCCUAUGAUUACAACAAGGCUCAGGUGCCAGGACCCCUGACACCAGAGAUGGAGGCGCUACAGGCCACACGGAAAAAGGAGCAGAAGGCAGCCCGGAAGAUACGAGAGGAACAGCAGCGGAAGCAGCAGGAGCGAGAGAAACAGGAGCAAGAAGAGCAGCAGAGAUUUGCUGCGCUCAGUGACCGAGAGAAGAGAGCUGUUGCUGCAGAGCGCCGACUAGCUGCCCAGAUCGGAGCUCCCACCCCUCAGACCCCUGAGCCUGUGAUCACCAGUGUCCGACGCUGCUGGAGUUGUGGAGCAUCCCUCGAAGGCCUCACUCCCUUCCACUACCUCGACUUCUCUUUCUGUUCCACACGCUGCCUUCGGGAUCAUCGUUCUCAGGCAGGGAGGCCCUCUUCCUGA